AUGUCAGUUCUACCACACGAGGUGAUACUACUGAGUAUCUGCUACGGUAGUAUAUCAGUAGCUGCUGUCUUCGGUAAUGGCCUGGUGAUCUGGGUCAUCGCCACUAGUCGGCGUAUGAGAAGUGUCACUAACUACUACAUCGCAAAUCUAGCACUAGCUGACAUCGUCAUUGGUCUGUUUGCCAUACCUUUUCAGUUUCAGUCAGCUCUGCUGCAGCGAUGGAUAUUCCCUGAGUUCAUGUGCAGUUUCUGUCCCUUCGUCAAAGUGAUCAGUGUGUCCGUCAGUGUGUUUACACUAGCAGCCAUCGCCGUAGACCGUCACAGAGCCAUUCUCACUCCCUUCACUGCUCGGGUGUCCAAGGUUCAGUUCAAGCUGGUGAUAUCGCUUAUUUGGGUAAUCAGUGGUUUGAUGGGAGCUCCUUAUCUCUUCGCCAUGGGUCUGACGAGGAUGGAGAAAGAGGGAGAUCCUUACUACUUCUGCUACCACCGCAAUGUCGCCGAGGAGGUUAUGCUGGUUUACCAAGCCAUCCUGGUUCUCCUGCAGUACCUGGUCCCACUCAUCAUCAUAACCUGGGUCUACGCACGCAUGGGUCUUGCUCUGUGGGGGGCGACGGCUCCGGGAAACGCCCAGACUGAGCGGGACGCAAACAUUAUGCGAAAUAAGAAAAAGGUGAUCAAAAUGCUCGCAAUUGUUGUUGCGUUGUUCGCUCUCUGCUGGCUACCUCUACAAACGUACACCGUCCUGCAAUACAUCUAUCCUGAAAUCAACAGGUUCCGAUACAUAAACAUCAUUUGGUUCUCCAUCGACUGGUUGGCCAUGAGCAACAGCUGUUACAACCCCUUCAUAUACGGCAUUUACAAUGAGAAAUUCAAGCGUGAGUUCCAGAUGAGAUUGCGGUGGCCGUGUGUCCGCCAAGUCAAGAGGACCGAGCCACUCGCCAGGGAGUUGAGUGGCCUGGACUCCUCCAGGUUUGAGUGGCGUAGAAACUCCACCAUCAACUCCAAGAGCUCCAAGCUCACGUCAAUAUCGCUUCAAUGAGUGUCAAUGGGUUCUCACGCCAACAAAAGAAACGUUGCGACGAUUUCUUUUAUGGUGGAGAACGAAACCGAUCUUGGCAAACUGCGACAAACUGUGAGGAAGUUUCCGCAAAAGUGCGAACUAAAAAGGUCUCCCCAACAGCCAACCCCGUGAAGUGCUGAAGUAAAUAUGUGAGGUGGUCAAGAUAUUUUACGUAAAUAGACUCUAAUAUGAAAAUGUGUAAUUUUGAAUAUUUCUAUAAACGCAGAAGAUACGCGUCCGGUAACUGAACAUGGAGGCGUUCGGCAGUGACGUCACCGGGUUGUGGGGGCCCGGAACACCAUUACCACAACGAUAAGAUGCACAGCUAUCGGUGUUCGUGGUGUAGUGGAUAGAGUACUCGGCUGAUGAGCAAGGGGUAUCUAGGUCGAAUCCCACCGGUGACACUAAUUUGUUGUCAAAGAUUUUUCUUAGAAUGCCAUUUCUUCUGAACCGUAAAUCUUUUGUUAGAAUUUGAGGCAUUUAUAAUUUUAUUUUAUGAAAAGAGUUAAAUGUUAACCUUUAUUAGAUUUUUUUUACUAUCGGCAAGUUUGGUUAGUUAUUAGGUUAUUGCCGAACGCCUAAUCCACGCCUGGUUACCGGACGCGUAUCCUCUCCCUUAUAUAAAAGUUUGAAUAUGUUUUAUUACUUCCGAAUUUGGAAAUUUGGAAAAUGUAUAAAUUGUAAAUAAUUAUUUUUAUACACAGGAAUAUCGUUCCACUAUUGAAAUAGUUUUCUUAAAAUGGAUUUUUGGAAAAUAAUUUGACGUAACGUUAUUAUAUUUUUAUAAAACAUAAUCUCAAGUUAUUUGUAUUAAUUUCAAUUAAUGUCUGUAUCUGUAUAUGAUGUUGUAUGGUUUUACUUUAAAGGUGAAAAUACACUGAAGUUUUGACUGUAAAUUUGUAUAUACAGUAAUAUGCACAAUGUUUUUGAUCGUAAUAUUUGCAGAACUAUGUAGUUGCAUUAGAUGCCUAAAGUUUUCUACUGAUGAUCACAUGUACAGUUUUAAAGUCUACUUCACUUUUGGAACAAUCUAUAACUUAAUCUUAACAUUUUUGUAAAUUGGUUGUUGAAAUACAGGGGGAUUCUAAAUUAA